AUGGCUCACGUCCAUACCCUGGCUGAGAAGUGUCCUCUGGCUGCACCCAUCAUUCAUCUUGGAGCCACGUCGUGCUAUGUUGGAGAUAACACCGACUUGAUUGUUCUUAAACAUGGUCUGGAUCUACUGUUGCCUAGAUUAGCUGCUGUGAUCAGUCGCUUAUCUAAGUUCGCUGAUGAGUAUAAGUCUCUACCUAUAUUAGGCUUCACUCACUUGCAACCAGCUCAGCUGACAACUGUUGGAAAGCGAGCAUCCUUAUGGCUUAGCGAUUUAAUAAUGGACGAGCGCGCAUUAUCUCGCGCGCGGGAUGAUCUACGUUUUCGUGGAGUGAAAGGAACUACUGGCACCCAAGCUUCAUUCAUGCAACUGUUUAAGGGCGAUAGUGAAAAAGUUAAAGCCCUAGACAAAAGAGUGGCUGAAUUAGCUGGCUUCGAUAAGCGAUACAUCGUAACUGGACAAACUUAUUCAAGAAAAGUCGAUUUAGAAGUUAUAGCAGCUCUAUCUGGAUUAGGAGCGACAGUGCAUAAGAUGUGCUCUGACAUACGCAUUCUUGCAUCUCGUAAAGAAUUGGAAGAGCCAUUUGAAACUUCUCAAAUUGGGUCGAGUGCUAUGCCCUACAAAAGAAAUCCUAUGAGAUCAGAACGUUGCUGCGCUCUAGCACGUCACUUGAUAACCCUUCAUGCAAAUGCUGCAAACACUCAUGCGGUGCAGUGGAUGGAACGCACUUUAGAUGAUUCAGCAAACAGACGUUUAACCUUAGCCGAAGCGUUCUUAACAGCUGAUGCUAUUUUACUUACUCUUUUGAAUAUAUGCCAAGGACUAGUUGUGUACCCUAAAGUGCUUGACCGCCAUAUUGCUCAGGAACUUCCAUUUAUGGCAACCGAAAAUAUCAUAAUGGCUAUGGUACAAGCUGGCGGAGAUCGUCAAGUUUGCCAUGAAAAAAUAAGAGUCCUCUCACACGAGGCUGGUGCGGUUGUGAAGCAAGAAGGAAAAGAUAACGAUCUCAUAGAUCGCGUUAAGAAAGACAAAUAUUUUGCUCCUAUCAUAUCGCAAUUAGACAAAAUUUUAGAUGCUUCCACUUUCAUCGGAAGAGCACCAGAACAAGUUGUUGAGUUUAUCGAAGAAGAAGUUACUCCAGUUCUAAUGAAAUACAAGAAUAGCUUGGCAGAAGUCGAAAAGCCAGUUUCUUUAAAUAUC